AUGCCUGGUGGCUUUGGAGGUCAACAGCAACCCCAACAACCAGGACGAGCAGGAACGAAUCGAUUACCGAACGGAAAACUAGGGAACAACAACUCUGGCUGGGCGUUUGGAGGGGUUCCCAUGGCGGGAACAGGUCCCCAAAACGCAGCUCGUCAACUUGGCGGAAACGUGAGCUUCGCGCAGAGCUUGUCGGGCUCUCAACCUGCAACAUCACUCGACCUAUCCGAAUUCCCAUCAUUAUCGAACAACGCCCAGAUGUCGAACCCCAACCAGUCGUCUAUGUGGUCGACAGCGGGAUCGCGAAACCUGGGUGGUCCCAGUCCGCGCAACCAAGCUACCCCUCAGCAAGGUGGCCAGGAUGAUAUGUUCAGUCCCACCUCUUCCAGAGGGCAAGGCGGGUUCAGAUUUGGUAACCAAGGCAACAUUGGACAACAAACUCAAUCAAGCAGCGUUGACGACUUUCCACCACUGAAUCAGACCUCGAAUGGCGAGAUGGGAUCAGAUCGGACGGCGAGCUUGAUGUCAUCAUUGGGCUUCAGCUCUCAGGCCACCGGCGCUGGACCCUCGGUAAGCAAUAGGGGGAAUGGUCUUCUGAACGCAUUGUCGGCUACGAGCCGAGCGAACGAAGCCAGGUCGCCGCCUGGCAUUGGAGCCCCUGGCUCUUCAAGACCGCAAGACGGCAAACCUCCUGGCCUGGAAGAGCCCCGGCAAAAGUCUUCCAAGGAGGAUGCGUUGCCAGACGAUGCUUCUAAUGUAGCGGAUUAUAACAAUGCGGACUAUAGCGCCACGAAUUACGUGGCACAAACCAUGCAAAAGCGACUCGAUACUGAGAACGUCAUUGACCCUCUAGAGGGUAUGCCAGCAUCCGACAAGUGGGGUCUCAAGGGCUUGACAACAUUGAUGAACAACUAUCCUGACUACCACGCGAUGGUUGUGGGAAUGGACCCUAACUCGCUGGGUCUUGACAUCAAUUCUCAAGAGUUGUUUUCGACUCAGAUUUACUCGCUGUUUGAUGACGCACCUCCUCGGCCAGUCCUCUCCAAUGGAAGAUUUCGAUUGCCGGAUUGUUAUAACGUGACGAAUGUGCAACCUAUCGAGAGUAAAAUCCAGAGUUUCAACGAAGAGACUCUAUUUUGGAUCUUUUACAGCUGUACGGCAGAUGUAAAGCAACAAAUGGCUGCAGUUGAGCUACAUUCUCGAAACUGGAGGUGGCACAAGAAACUCCAGAUGUGGUUGACCAAAGACGAGCACAUGACUCCUCAAAUACUGAGUCCUACCCAUGAGCGAGGCUAUUACGUCGUCUGGGACACAAACUCCUGGCGCAAAGAGCGUAAAGAACUCACUCUAUACUAUGGCGAGCUAGAUACAACACUAGGUCAGGCACAGGUUGUACCUUGA